AUGAGGUUAACGGGCCUUAAACGUGCCGAAAAUGGGCUGAAACAUGUGCAGGGACCUAUUCUGCCAAUUCUGCUUGAAACUGCAGAAGGGAGGCUAGGCGUGACGCGAGGGAUCAAAAGAAAAAAUGCCACCAAGGUUAGAGGCCGAGGUGGAAGAGGAAAAGCUCCAAUUUUGACUAGAAACGACUAUGAAGCCGGACCGUCACACCGGCUUACACCGUCGGCAACACUCAGCUCUAGUCCUCACGAAGACUGGAGAUCCUACUUGGAGCCCGCGAGACGCUUAGUCUCACUUAGUUCCUCACCGUCCUACCACCAUUCGUUCGGGCCACAUCAAGAUGAGGAACCUCAUGAUUCUCAUCAUUCUUUUAUUCCGUUGCAGCGUUCGGGUUAUCAUAGUUCUUUCCAGAACCCAACUCCUUAUUUCCAAAGCCGGUUCAACCCAAUGAACCAGGUACAAGAACCAGAGGGUCCAAACCCUUUGGGACCGGCUGAUCAUUUCCCUGAAAUCCGAAACAUGGAUGUGGACGAAGAUCCAGAUCCAGAAAUGCCGCCAUCUGGGACGCCGACGCCUCCCAUCGAUAUAUCUAGCGGAUCAUCUUUCCAUGGUUCGCCUUACAGGGGCCCUGAUAUCUGGGCCGAAAGAUGGGCUUCAUACAAGUGGGAGUAUACUCCCCCUCACCGCAACUCACCACCACACCAACAGAUCCCUUCUGAGAACCCACAUUUUCAGGCGGUCACGCCGCCGCCACCGUCAGCGCUAGAGCAGCAACUGCCUCCAGAACCACCGAGGCGAAGAAGAGGUGCACGGAUGCCUCCAAACCCAGUUACUGAAGUCGACUCUGCACCAGUCGCACCAGCACUACCGCCCAUGGGUUUUGAAAAUCCAAUCCCAUCAUACCCAGGUGCAGCUGGGUAUAACCCGUUUGAGCAGGCAGCUUACUAG